AUGGCGGAUAAAUCAUGCAUCAAGCGUCUUCAGAAGGAGUAUAGAGCCCUUUGUAAAGAGCCAGUUUCCCAUAUUGUGGCCCGUCCUUCACCAAGUGAUAUUCUUGAGUGGCACUACGUAUUGGAAGGAAGUGAGGGAACACCUUUCUCAGGUGGUUUUUACUAUGGAAAAAUCAAGUUUCCUCCAGAAUAUCCAUAUAAACCUCCUGGAAUCAGCAUGACAACACCUAAUGGGCGGUUCAUGACACAGAAAAAGAUCUGUUUAUCAAUGAGUGAUUUUCAUCCUGAAAGUUGGAAUCCAAUGUGGUCUGCAUCAAGCAUACUUACCGGGCUUCUUUCAUUUAUGAUGGACACCAGUCCAACCACCGGCAGUGUAAACACCACUACUGCCGAGAAGCAGCGUCUAGCAAAAUCUUCACUCACUUUCAAUUGCAAGAAUGCUACAUUCAGGAAAAUGUUCCCCGAGUACGUGGAGAAGUACGAACAGAAGCAGCUUUCUGAGCAAACUGCUUCUGAGCAGCGGGUAUCAUCAGACGCACGUCAUGAUAAAAGUUCAAAUUCUAUUUCCGAAAGGAAUUCAAACUCCACAGGAGAAGACACGAAAGGGGUAGAGGGAUUAAAGGACAUGAGGAGAAACAGAAAACAGGCAUUUCCAACAUGGGUGAUGUUAUUACUCUUCUCCAUCUUUGGGGUUGUUAUGGCAUUACCUCUACUUCAGCUGUGA